AACUUCACUGAUUCACCAGUUAACAGGACAUUAAUGCUGCCAGCAGAUGACUUUGACCCAUUAGGAGGACAUACUAUGUGGCAGGUCAUCAUAAUUGUCUUCCUCACUGGAUCACUUUCUCUUGUCACUGUUGUUGGAAACAUCCUUGUGUUGGUGUCAUUCAAGAUCAAUAAGGCACUGAAGACAGUGAAUAACUACUACCUGCUUAGCCUAGCAUUUGCUGACCUGAUAAUUGGCACACUGUCAAUGAACUUGUAUACCACCUACUUUAUCAUGAACCAGUGGGCUCUGGGGCCAGUGGUCUGUGACUUGUGGCUUGCAAUAGACUACGUGGCCAGUAACGCCUCAGUUAUGAACCUCCUUGUCAUCAGCUUUGACAGGUAUUUCUCUGUGACCAGACCUUUGACCUAUCGGGCCAAGCGUACAACCAAACGGGCCAUGACCAUGAUUGGAUUAGCCUGGUCCAUCUCUUUCAUUCUCUGGGCUCCAGCCAUCUUGUUCUGGCAGUACAUUGAGGGUAGGCGGACAGUCCCUUCUGAUCAGUGCUACAUCCAGUUCCUGACUGAGCCCAUCAUUACAUUCUGCACUGCUAUUGCCGCAUUCUACUUGCCAGUAACUAUUAUGGCCAUACUAUUUUGGAAGAUUUAUAAGGAAACAGAGAAGCGCGCUAAAGAUGUGCAAGGUCUCAAGGGAUCUGGGUCAGGCAAUAGCAACAGCCAGACUCACAAUCAAGGGAGUGCUAGUGGAAGAGCUUGUGAAGCUGUGACUAUCAACCAAAGAGAUUCACCAGCCAUACUUAGCUCUCAAAGUUGCAGCAGCUAUGAAUUAAAUCAGCUAGCUUCAGAGAAAAACAAAGACAAUGCUGGGAUACCAGGAGGAAAGGCAAGUAGAGGGAAAUGUGGCACAUUUUGCUUCCAAUUUUCAACACUGUUGCCAGGAGAGCAGCUCUGA